CUGCUCUGCCCUCCUGCUCCCCGCGUUGCCGCCAUAGCCGAGCUCUCCUGCACAAUUUUCCGUUUGUCGUCCGUGAUUAGGUUUUCCCUUCGUUGCAGUGUGAUGCUCUCUCGAGUGCUUGUGCUUAGCUGACUUUAGCAUCGUCGAAACCAGGGUCGAAUCGGUUGAGAUUUGAGUGUGCCGCGCGGCAUCCGUUGUUGUGCCGAGGUUCUCCGUUUCAGAUUCUGUCCGACGCAGCGAAAGUGGUGUUGGGCAGGGCAUAAUUCGACGCUGUCUGUGCGGCUCGGGGUGUUGCCGCACUUUGGGACAGCGGUUUUAGUGAUCAGCGCGAGUAGGGUGUAUGCGUGUGUGGUGGAGAGCCCGCUCGUGUUCGCUGACGUCUAUCUAAUUUUUCAUAUGUCCAUGUUGUUUGAUUAACUGUGAACUGCAUUCGUCGGUGCUUCUGUGAGGUAUGCUGUUUUGGGCCUUAGAUUCCCAAAGCCAAAUAUGAUAGCAUUUCCGUAGCACGAUGGUGUGAUUCACGAUUUCCGAGUGGGUAUCUUUGUAAUUUCGAAGAAGUGGGAGCGGUGAGCGAGUGUUUUGCUGGCGGGGCACAGUUGAGAGUGCCCAAGAGGUCAUACGAUUUCGUCACGAGUGGUAGCGAAUGUCUUGCGAACUGCGACGGAGACCCCCCGGAGUUCCGAGAUAUAGAUUGAGCGUUGGGCAGGGAUCUGAAGGGUAGAGCUUGUGGAGGAGCAGGUGGAGGGCCGUGUAACCAAACAGCAGGUGUAGGAGGAGUGGAGUUCACUUUAUGACUGGGGAUUCGUGUAAGGCUGAGCCGGAGUCGAGGCCUCUACGGCCGCUGUUGGCUGGGGGGACCGCAUGCGCUGAGCUCAAUGUGGAAGCUCCGGUGGGUGCAGAAUGGAGGAUUAAGGGUGGGUACAAGGCGCACAAGGAAGUAGAUAGGGGUAGAGAGCAGGUUGGUAGUAAAGUCGCAGAGGACAGUGAGAACGGCGCGAGGCUGGAGAAGGGGCGCAACGUGGCCGGCCGUUCAGCAGUUUCUGUUCUGAAGACACGGGAAGAUCUUAAGGACAUUGCAGAGCAGAUAAGGAGAGAGUUGGAUCACCAGUUCCCAGGGAACGACGUGCUGCGAACAUCGGAGUCGGACGACGAUGGACGCAGAGACGGUAGCGCCGAAGAUCACUAUGAAGAAGGAGACGCUGUGGCUGCUGUUGCGCGCGACAAGGCGAGGUCACAGGGAAUAGCUCGGACGAAAGAGCAGCAGCAGCAUGGGGGUGAUGUGGCUGCAAAAACCCAGGGUGGGGUUGGCUGGGAAAGCUUCCUACUGAAACGGAGUCUGAGAAUUUUACUGGUGGAGUAUGACGACGCAACAAGGCACGUGGUGGGAGCUCUACUUCGUAACUGUGACUAUGAAGUCACUGCGGUUGCGAAUGGGUCGAUUGCCUGGGGGCUGCUGGAAGACGCGAACAGCAAUUUCGACUUGGUUUUGACUGACGUGGUGAUGCCACGUCUGUCCGGAGUUGGGCUUCUGUCGAAGAUGAUGAAACGGGAGGCUUGCAGAAGAGUGCCUAUUGUCAUCAUGUCGUCCUACGACAGCCUGGACAUUGUGUUCCGCUGCCUUUCGAAAGGAGCGUGCGACUAUCUCGUAAAACCUGUGAGGAAGAACGAGUUGAGGAAUCUAUGGCAACACGUGUGGAGGAAGUGCCACAGCUCGAGUGGAAGCAAAAGCGGGAGUGGCAGCCAGACUGGCGAAGUAGCCAGGCCGCAGAGUCGUGGAGUUGAGGCGGAUGACAAUCCCAGUGGAAGCAAUGAUGGGAACGGCAGCAGCGACGGUAGUGACAAUGGGAGCAGCCGGUUGAAUGCUCAGGGUGGGAGUGACAAUGGCAGUGGUAAUCAAGCUCGCACACUACCCGUACUGGUGCCAAUGAACAACGCAGUAACGGCAGCUGCAGAUGGAGACGAGGAGGGGCAAGCGACUUCUCAAGAGACGGGUGCCAACCUGGAUGAAGAGAUGGGGCAUGACUUGGAGAUGGCAACUCGUCGGUCUACUUGUAAUACCGCAAAGCUGGAUCAGCAGCCGGAUGUUGGGCGGCAACAAGACGACGAUGAUGCGUGUGUGAUGCAAGAUGUAGGGCCAUCACCCGGAGAAGACAACGUCGAGAGUCCAUCAACCAGCGGAAAAGAUGGUACUACCGAGGAGUCUUCUCUGAAGGCCGUGGACCUGAUAAAUGGUAUAGCUUGUCAGCCACAGACGCAGGGUGCAGAGCAAGCUGAAGGGAGUGAGAACGAUGACGGAGAACUGGAUCAGCGGGGGAGGAGCAGUCCGAAAGACCACUCCGGGUCAGACUUCGGUUCCAUGCUGGAGUUGAGUUUGAAACGGCCUCGAUCGGCCGUGGACAACGAUGGAGAUACAGAAGAGCGUCAACCCCUGCGGCACUCGGGAGGGUCGGCCUUCUCUAGUGUUGUGGCAACCCGUUUCAGGUAUGGCAGCGGAGGAACCAUCAUACAACAAUGUCACCAGCCCGGGAAUUCACUUCCUGUGGGCGGGUAUCCGAUGUCUGGUGGAUACGGAGUGUACGGCAUGUCUGGCGGCACGUCCGGAGGAUCUCUUCGUCUGGGGAUGGGAAUGGAGCGUUGUGGGUCGUCGAAAGGGAGCGCGGAGGGAACGACGCCCCCUCCUCUGCAUCCCCAGAGCGCGGAAGCAGCUGGAGGGCAGGACGGCGGCGGAGCGGAUGGGUACGGCAGUGCAAGGCAGAGCGCGGAGGAGGCAAUGAUAGCACCUGGAGUGCCGAUGGCGAUUCCAAUCCCACCGCCUGGGAUGCUGGCUUACGAUGGCAUGGGUGGAGCGUAUGGUCCGGCCAUGCACCCGAUGUAUUAUGCGCACGCGAGCGCGUGGAUGGCAGCAUCGGCCCGACACAUGGGAGAGAGGGUGGACGUAUACAGUCAAACACCCGCAUUUCAAGAACAGAAUCCCGGUUCUGGGCAUCACUCCCAAGCUGGACCGAGCCACCAGCACACGCACCACCACCACGGGGACGGCGGGCAACCAUCUGGAAAUGCAGGAGUGCAACACGAGCAGCAACAGUCGGUGAUCACUCCCAUGUCGGGGGCUCCACGGUGUGGGUCGACCGGGGUGGAUGGUCAAAGCGGGAGCAGCAACGGGUACGGAAGCACGGGGAACGGGAACGGGUCCAUGAACGGAAGCGCUUCGGGAAGCAAUACGGGCGUGAACAAUGGACAGAACGGACUUGUCGUGACCCCGAUGGCGAACGCCAACAGCGGGAAUAAUGGAGUGGGUGGGACGCAUCCAGCAAUGGAUGGGGUGAGCGGGGGCAACGGGUUGUGCACGGAACAGAUACGUUUUGCCAGACGAGAGGCUGCCUUGAACAAGUUCAGGCAGAAGAGAAAGGAGCGGUGCUUUGAGAAGAAGGUGCGCUAUCAAAGCAGGAAAAAGCUUGCGGAACAAAGACCGCGAGUACGUGGACUGUUUGUGCGACAAGCGGCACAUGAUCCGUCUGCCGGCGAUGCAGAGUAGAAUAUGUUUCAUUUCAUUGGUUUUGGUUGUGUCUGUUUAUUUUCUCACCUUUCCAGUGGACUCCCAUCACAGCUUAGGGUGGGGACCGUCACUUGGGGUCGAGUGGCUGGGAUCUGUGUUUGCCAUUCAUGCUGUUGGAUUCUGACGUUGUACGCGCGAGGCUUCUAGUUCCUCUGUUUAGUAGGAUGGUGUUCAUUUUGGAAGAUGAAUGGAGGGAAUUCUUGAACAAUCCCAGUGCAUCGCAAUCCUUGAUGAGGGGAGUGAUGGUGGCUCUAUUUUUUUGGAAUCCGCAUUGUAUGGCGAAGAGAAUGGAAUGAAGGGUUGCGGUUUGCAGCCGAGCUGCAAGUCACCGUUUUGGUUAUGUGAGAGAAGAGUACAACUCAUGUGAUGUGAAGUGAGUUGUGAGCUUCAAUAGGAGGCUAGUUUUUCGAGAUGGUCGGGCAACAGGGACUGCGCUCAAAGCGUAGGUGGGUGCGAAGUGUUGCAUCGCAGCGUUGAGAAUGUGGAGAGAAAGAAGCAAGGGGGGUGUGGAGCCAGCGCAGACGGAUAGAUUGCCCUCAGGAAGGAAUCGACGCUCAGUGGCCUCUGAGAUCAUUUGGCACGGAGAUGUGAAACGUGCGGAGGUACUGGAUACUCUGCGCGACCUGGAGUUUAGUCAUCGAGUUUUUAACCAAGAAGGGAAGAAGUCGAGUUGAUUUUCGCAGGACUUCCAUGCCGUGAAAUCGGCGCGAUUUACACAGUAUGCGUAUUCAGCUUGUGGAAGCUUUUGGAGUUGUAUUGCAACAGGACGAGAGUGCAGUUGCAGCACCUUCAUCUCGGGUGAGAGAGUUUAGCAAUUAAGGUAUUUGUGUAUUGUAUGUUAUCGGAAGCCGUGGACUUGUUGAAGUUGUACGGGACGGAAAUGAUGAAGGUGAUGUUGCAGAGAAGAGCUGUGUACCUGCGCAUCGAAGUUUUGAAAUUGAAAUUGAAUUGUGUGGUACCCAAUUGAGGCAGAUGAAGGCAGAGAUGGAGAAAACCGUGAGAGAAAUGCAUUCGGGGCCUCUGCAUUAAGAGAAAUGUGUUCAUAUCACUACAUUACUAAUUGUGAGUGGUGAUGCUGCACAUGGAACGUGUGCGGUUUUUUCACAUGAUGCGACAAAAUUUGAGUACGUCAUUCUGAUGUCAGGGAUGAACAUUCCCCUCAGUUGGCUGAGCAUUCUCGUAAACGAGAAAAUACCAACAAAUAACAUUUAUGCUAA